AAGUUGCUCAGUUGAAGUUCUGAAGAGAUGAAGGUGCUGUUUCUCGCUGGGGGGUAUGGAACCAGACUGGAGAGAGACGUCCUGGCCAACCAAUCAGGGAAGUUCCAUCACCUGAGGGGCGUGGCCAAACCGCUGGUACCUGUCGGUGGCCGUCCGCUCAUCUCUCAUUGGAUGGACAUCCUGACCAAACUUCACAAAGUGGAAGAGUUUUAUGUGGUGACAAAUGAGAAGUAUGUGGCACAGUUUGAAGCCUGGGCCCAGGCCUGGCCAAACCUGCAGAUUGUCAGUGAUGGAACCACAGACAACGAGACGAGAAUUGGAGCAGUAAGGUCUAUACAACUAGGGGUGCAACAUUUCCAAAUAACAGACGACUUGUUGGUAAUAGGAGGAGAUACACUAUUUUAUGAAGAUUUCGACAUCCAAAACUUUUUAGAAGCAUUCAACGAGCUACAAAAUAAGACAAAAGAUGCCUGUUUGGUCACAUGCUACAAUUGUGCUGAACAUGAAACAGUUAAGUUUGGAAUUCUGGAGGUGGAUGAGCGAGACGUAGUGACAGGAUUCAGAGAGAAACCCCAGCCAGAGGAGACCGUGUCAAGACGGGCGUGUCCCUGUUUCUACCUGUAUAGCCGCAACAGCCUCCCUCUACUGCAGGAAUUCAUAUCUGAAAAGGAUCGUCCCUUCAAAGAGAUAGAUGCGACAGGCUGCUUUCUUCAAUACGUGCACACGAGGAAACCAGUUUCCGUGUACAAGAUAUCCGGAAGGUUUGAUGUGGGAGGACUUCAGUCUUACAUUGUUUGCGACCAGUACUUCAUGCAAAAGAAAGGGCUGUAAUCUUAUUAUAUUCAUCUAUACAUGCCCGUAGCCAGGAUUUUGAAUGGGGGGGCUCUUCCCACUACUUGAGGGGACCUCGAGCGCGGUAGGAGCAAGGCGA